UUUUUUAAUAAAGUAUUUUUGAAAUCUAAAUGUAUUUUGAUGCUGGAAUUGCAUUUAUAAUUGUGUAUUUAUAUUAAAAUCCAUAUUGGAAACUUAAUAGGCUGGUAUUUUUAUUGUAUCAUUUGUAUAGUUGUAGUAGUAGUAUAGUUGUAUCUGUUGCUCAUUGUGUAGUGGAAUGUUAUCAGUUCGGUGCAUGUGUUGAUGUUAGGGUGGGUGUUGUACGUGUGUUGUGCUUACUCACUCCUUAACACCGUAUACAGUACAUUCAAGAAAACCCUGUUCACUGGGUCAUCUGUCACGGUGACAGAAUGAAGGUGCUGCUGUUGAAAGAGCCAAGAGAAAACCAGAGUGGAGAAGAUCCGUAUGUCCAGGAGCUGGCCGUGUACGGGCACCAUGCUACACUGAUCCCCGUUCUGGCUUUUCAGUAUGUUGCACUGAGUGCGUUAUCAGACAAGCUGUUUGAGCCGGAGAAGUACGAUGGGAUCAUCUUUACCAGUCCCAGAGCAGUGGAGGCUGUGAGAAGGUGCACCGAGACCAGUACACGGAAAGAAGAGUGGAACACGGUCAAAGACAAGUGGAACAAAAAAUCUGUCUACGUGGUGGGGAAAGCGACGGCAUCAUUAGCUAAGGAUCUAGGUUUGAACUACCAUGGCGAACACACAGGGACCGCAGAGACUCUGUCUCAACUCAUCAUUGACCGAGAAAGUCCAGCGUCGGCUCCUCUGCUGUUUCCAUGCGGCUCAUUGAAGAGAGAAGUUCUGCCCACCACACUGAGAAAACAAGAAAUCUCGCUGGAGACACUGACGGUGUAUCAGACAGCUGAACAUCCAGACCUGGAGAAGAACAUCACUCACUAUUUCACUGAGCAGGGGAUACCAUCCAGUAUUGCUUUCUUCAGUCCUUCAGGAGUAAAGUUCUGUUUGGAGCUGCUGAAGAAACUCGCUGGAGAAAAACUGAACCAGAUAAAGUUUGUGGCUAUCGGUCCCACCACGGCCGAGGCUCUGCAGGACGCAGGCGUGACUGUCAGCUGCUCGGCUCAGAAACCCACACCGCAACACCUCACCACAGCCAUCACACACGCCCUGGCUGAUGACCUCUGACCUUCAGCACCUUUCAUCCAGCACAAACACAGUCCAUCAGCAUCACCAGCUUGAAACGCUUUAUUUUAUUAAACAGUAAGAUGCUAGAAUAGGAGUCUAACCCAAACUGCAGUGACUCCUAAUAGAAGCAUGUGUACAACAAAGCAUUCAGUUUAUUUACUAAUAAAUGUAUAUUUCAAGGAAAUGAUUCAUGUUAAUGCAUGAAUACAAACUUUAAAAGCCCCAAAAGAUGUAAUGUAACAUUUAAUGAACUGCAAGGUCAUAAACAGAUUGUUGAUGUGAAUGUAAUAUUAAAAAUGUAAUUUAUAUGGUUGGUGUUUAUGUUACAGACGAUAAUUGAUCAUUUAUGUUUUUGUGUCUGAUUUAGUUUUUCUUUCUACUUGAAUACCUGAUGUCCUGAUGUGAGUCAGUGAAUUAUGAGAAACUAUUAUGAAUGUUAU